AGUGGCAACUUGUUAUUUUCUGACUUUCACCAUGUAAGUACUUUAAUUUCACUAUGUAAAUACUAUGUGUCAAAUUCUGAUUGGUACUGCAAAAAUUCAUCCGCACUUCGAAUAUCAAAAGACUUUACAGUCUCGGAAG